GUUGCUUUGCUUUUAUGUAGAUCUUACCACAGCAUAAAAAAGGCCGGUGGUGCUAUCACAUCCAUAAUGUUCGUCAAUAUUAUUCAAGUUAUUUUCGGUGCCUACCUAGAGCAACUCCUGAAAAAUCCACUGCGUACGAAGUGUAUAACAUCCUGUGUUUUAUUCAUCUGCGCAAAUGUAACUUCCCAGAAAAUUUCUGGGGCAAAAAAAUUAAACACAAGAAGUGUACUCGCCUUUGCUAUCUUUGGACUCAUUUUUGGGGGCCCUACCCCUCACUUUUUCUAUCAAAUAGUGGAAUUCCUGUUCCGUGAUGCAUACUACAAGCGAAUCCUUUCGUUUAUGGUGGAGCGUUUGGUUUAUGCACCCAUAUUCCAGACAUUAUCACUGUAUUUCUUAUCUAUUUUUGAGGGCAACUCACAUACAUCUACCAUUAAAAACAUGAAAAAACUUUAUUGGACAUUAUUAAAGACUAAUUGGCGCUUCAUGUCUUUUUUUACGUUUCUUAAUACGGCCUUUGUGCCAAUCAAGCUACGGUCCGUUACCACAAGCUUUAUAGCAUUCUGUUGGAUCUUAUAUAUGGCACAAAGGCGUCGUCGUUUGCAGGAAAAGAUUUCGGCUGAGAAGUCUAAAUAGGCAUUCCCAAAAGAAGCUGGACACAUGCAUUUUCAUGGAUUUUCCAUUACGAUUAUCUUAUCAAAAGCGAACCCUGAUUUGUAUAAGAAAACAUGAUAGUGCAUACAGGUGCCUGUAGUUCAUGUUUUUGAAGAGAUUAAUAAAAAAAAUGUUAGCUUUUGUGUUACCGAUAA